AUGUCAUAAGCAAAAAUUGUCCUAGUAAGUGAAACAAACAAUAUUUAUAAAUGGCUAGUCUUAGCUAGCUUCUCAUUAAACUCGUAAACAUUAUUUUUUAUAUUAGAAUAUCAAAUAUUUUUAUCUACAGUGCAUUGACACCAAUUUGGUCAUCUGUUGCCAUCUAUUAUAAUGUAACAGAUUAUGAUUUAAAUUGGUUUCCAAAUAUGUACUUCAUAUCAUUAUUUACAACAACUUUUGGUUUCAAUCCAUUAAUUUUAAAAUACUUUGGUCAAUCAUAAAUUUUUAGUUGUAUUUUAACAACAGCAGGCUUAUGGAUAUUAUUAAUUUCAGGAAACAAUUUUACAAUGGGAUUAUUAAGUUUUGCUAUAUUAGGAUUAGGAGAAUCUCUAUAUUAUUAAGUUCCAUUACGUAAAAAUGAAUUAAAAUAAUUUUAGAUUUAUCAAAAAUAUGGUUUCCUCAUGAAGAACGCGCUCUUUCUACAUUUAUAGGAUAAUAUUCAAGUAAUGUUGGUAUUUUGUUAGGAUACAUAAUUUCAUUUUAUUAUUUUUAUGAUGUGGUAUUAUUAUAAAAUAAUUUAAGGUAGAUGAAAAUGAAUUUCAAACUAGAUAUUAAAAUAUAAUAUUUACAACUGCAAUUUUUGCUUCUUUAGUUUUAGUUUGCAAUCUUAUAACUCUUAAAAAGCCUAUUAAUCAGAAAGACUCUAUUUAAAUAAGAGAUCCUCUUUGGGUAUCAAUUAAAAAGAUUUGUACUGCUGAAGAAGCUGUAUUCGAUCUCCUUUCUUUUUCUGUUUGUAAAUUCAUAAAAGUUAAAUUAGUUAUUGGAGUUGGUUGGAGUUAUUCUGCACUUUUUAAUAUCUAGUAAUAUAAUAUUGGAUAAACACCAAUAGAACUAUUUGAAACAAAUAUAUGUUAUUAAGUAGGUGGAAUUUCAAUUGCAUUAUUUUAUACUUUGAAGUUGCAUUCCUAAUCAUAACAUGGUUUAUAAUAAAGUUAUGAUUUAUACAUGAAAUAUAUAGUUUCAAUAGGAUUUUGGUCACUUGCAAUAGAGAUUCUUAUAUUUGAUUAAGUUCCUUUAUGGAUUUUACAGAUUCUCAAUUUUUUAAUAGGUUGUGGAUUUGGUGGAUAUUAUUCAAUCUUACUUGAAUCACUUUAGGAAAAGCAUUUCCCUGCUUAAGAAUUAGCAAUAGGAAGUGUUCUUAGUGGAGUAGCAUGUGUAAGCCUUAUUAAUAUAAAAAGAUUGCUUCUGUUUUAGUUAUAAUGAUUUUUGGAUUACCAGAAUUUUAGAAAUAUGGAUUUUAAAUCUCAUGUUACUUAUUAAUAAUGCCAUUUUGCUUUAUUAUUGUAUUUUAUAAAACAUCGUUCAAAAGAUUUGAAUAAGAAGCUUGA